AUGCAAAUUGGUAACAUCAAAGGUGCACAUGAAGAGCCAAUUUAUUAUAAUCAACGAGGUGAAAUUGCUACAUUUUUUUCGGGAAAGAAAAUUUUUAUAACAGGAGGCUUAGGAUUUAUAGGACGGCUUAUAGUAGAAAAACUUUUAAGAUGUUGUCCAGAAAUAACAACGAUUUAUUUACUGGUUAGGGCAAAGAAACAAAAGGAUCCGCAAACUCGAUUUAAAGAGUAUUUCAAUGAUGUUAUUUUUGAUAGAUUGAAGAGAGAGCAAAAAGAUGUUGAAAAGAAAAUUAUUUUGAUUGAAGGAGACACGAGUCUAUUAAAUUUAGGAUUGUCAGGGAAGGACCGCGAUCGCAUUAUAGAUACUGAUUUAAUUUUUCAUAGUGCAGCAUCCGUACGUUUUCUGGACAAUAUUCGUAAUAUAGUUAAUACAAAUAUUAGAGGAACAAGAGAUCUUCUCUUGCUUGCACAAGAAAUGACAAGCUUAAAGGCCUUUAUUUAUGUUUCAACAGCUUACUCGCACUGUGUUUACAAUAAAAUCGAAGAAAAAUUGUAUAAGCCACCUAUGAAGACAGAUGAUAUAAUUMGAUUGACAGAGAUUUUGACCGAAGACCAAUUAGAUUUAAUCACCCCAAAGCUACUGG